UUUUAGUUGAUUUUCAUGUAUUUUAUUUAACAAAAUAUUAUUAUCCGGAAUUUUUCGACCACCAAAACGGAGAGAACAUAAAAAACUCCACAAAAACGGUGAAUGGUGAGAGCGUAGUAGUAGAUGAUAUGGACUGUCUCAACUUCGCAUCUUCCGCACCUUCUCGCCGCUCUGGGAUGCUGGGAAAACAGUUGAAUUCCCCUCUUCUCACUAUUGAUUCUGCACCAAAUUUCUUCCAUUGCAAGGCUGAUUUUGCUGCUGCAUCUUCAAGUAUUCAAUCGUCAAAUAUCAGAUAUUCUUGCGGAUUUUCACCAAGUGUCGCAAAAGAAAAAUGGACCUCAAAUCAUUCUACGAACCAUUGGAUAUUGCGUUCUACAACACAGAUAGAAAAUAUAAUCACGAGUAAUGAAGAUCGGAGUAUGUGGGAAGCAUGUAGACAAGCUCUUUCUGCAUUUAACUUCAGUGAUGAAGAAAAGGACAAGAUACUUGGAAAAGCAUUUGGACUUGUCCAUUCUCCUUAUUGGGGAGAAGAUCGUAAGAAAGAAGUUCCCAAAUUCGAGACAGUAAAUGGUAUAUUAGAAUAUCUAAGGAGUUUAAAUCUUUCUGAUGAUGAUCUUUCCAAGUUGCUCAAAAAAUUUCCCGAAGUUCUUGGGUGUAAUCUAGAAGAAGAGUUGAAAGGGAAUAUAAAGAUCUUGGAGGAGCAGUGGAGUAUUGAAGGAAAAUCACUUAGAAACCUUCUCCUUCGAAAUCCGAAAGUUUUGGGUUAUAAUGUUGAUUGUAAAGGAGAUUGUAUGGCACAAUGCACUAGAUGCUGGGUUCGAUUCUAGUUGAUCGAUGAAAUAUAUGUAUUUGUAAUAUUAGUUGACUUCAACAUAGCAUCAUUGUUCAUUUAUUCCCCCCUUCGACCUUAAAUAAAAGACAGAAUUGCUUGUGAAGAAAGGUUAUCACAUUUUGGAUGCCAAUUAGCAAGAAAUAAUUGAUGCUCAAGUUAUCGAGGUCGACUUGGCUUAUGAUUUAUAGACUUUGCUGUGAAUAGCUGAAGUGUCUGUUCUGGACCUUGGAAUGAAGAAACUCACAGUCUCACAGUAAGGUUGCUUAUAAUUUACAAAUCAUGUUCAUUUGUCAGAAAAAUUGUUUUAUAUAUUGCUCUUGCUCAUGAUAUGUUAUAUUAUAAUUAUAUUUGCUCCUAAGUUGAUACAAUUAGACCUAUAAGUAUAAUGCAAAUCUCACCUCCUUCAACUCAUUGGUGAUGUAAAACAGGAUAUGUUUUUUGGAUUCCA